UCUUGGUUCUGGGAAGAAUUUUGUCUUCGAAGAAGGAAGUGAAUUAAUUAUUUGAUUUUACUUGCGAUGGGCUGAAUUUAUUCUAUUCACAACUGAUCUCGCUUUUAUCGUUUGAGAGCAUAAAGAAAUUAGCUUCGAGUACUGUUUGACGUAAAGCCACAGUGCAGUAACAAUCAUGAACGUUAAUCGAAGCUUGAUGGUUUUUCUUAUGGUAUUUAUCGCGUCUCCGAAUUUCUAUGCCGAAUGUUCAUCGGCAGUCAAGCACCAAGAGAAAGCUCAGGCAUGGGCUUGGAUUGGAGGAAGUAAAAUUGGGAACCAACACAGUACAGUGGAUGGCAAAGGAUCCUGUCCAGGAGCUAGGAGUGGCACAACAAGCUGGUUUCACUCAGAUUCAACGGUCUGGGUGUUUGGUGGAAAAGGAUUCGGAUUAAAAAAAUCUCGAUCUUCACAGUUGCCCACGCUGGAUGAACUCUGGUCGUUUGAUGUCAAAGGAAGACGUUGGAAGUUUCAUCCUUUUGACAACAAAACUUCCAAGGGUCAGAAACCUCUGCCAUGUUCUGGAUGUGUAUCUUGCAGUUACCAAAACAAGGCUUUGGUGUUUGGAUCUCCAGGCUCAUAUAUUUUUGAUAUGGAAACAAUGACAUGGACUGCUUUGCAGGACAAUAAAUCAUCUCCAGUCCCACGCAGUGAUGCUACUCAUUGGUGCGAUGCAGAGAAAGGGGUGCUGUGGAUUUUUGGUGGCAAGGAAUCAGGGAAAAAUUUGGAUGAUUUCUGGAGUUUUUCAUUCAAACAUUCACAGUGGAAAGAAAUGAGACCCAAGAGUAAUGAGAGCAUGAUUCCUGCAAAGUGUGUAAAAGCAGCAACUUGGAUGCAUCCAUCUGGUAUUCUGUACAUGUUUGGUGGAUCAUGUCUGGGACAACUUACAUCAUACUUCUGGAGUUAUUCUCCUGGAAUUUUGGAAUGGAAAAAGCUUGGUGGAAGUAAGGGUGUUCAAAAGUGUGCUGGGAAGUUUGGGCAGAGAGGUGUUGCAUCCAAGGAUAACCAUCCUGGUUGUAGGGAUGGGGCAGCAUCCUGGAUAGAUGAGCAUGGUAAUCUGUGGAUGUUUGGCGGAUCAGGAUAUGAUAACUUUUCAGUGUCUGCUUUUGCAAUGCCAGGUCUUUUGUCUGACUUUUGGAUGUACAAUGUCUCCAGCCAUCAAUGGAUGUGGAUGGGGGGACUGAGCAGAAAUGAAGGUAGACCGUUUUUCGGUGAAAAAGGAGUUGCAGAUGCACAUAAUAUCCCAGGGCCAAGAGAAAAUGCUUUGUCUUUCUCCUACAACAAUGAGAUGUGGCUCUUUGGAGGAGCAGGACAUGAUGUCAGACAAUAUGAUGGGAUGUUAAAUGACUUGUGGUUGUAUACAACAGUCACAACCAUCACCCCAACCCAGUUGCCAGGAGAUACUAUCAGUAUCUCCUUUGGUGUCAGAGUUCUGAUUGCCCUUCUAGUCAUGGCUUUGGGAUUAGUGGUGUCGCUUUCCAUGUGUUACAGUAAGGAAUGCAAGGUUUUUAGAUUCAAGCGACAUCUUCGUCCAGUGGUGAAAUACACACCUGUGAAGGUUGAAACGGUGCAAGUAUUGCAGCCAGAGACAGCUGGUCCAUUAAACAUUGACCCCAACAGGAACCUGUAAUUGUACCUUUGCCCUGCAUGUAUUUAACAUGUUACAGCUGCACAGAAUUGUGUGCGAGUGUGUGUAUUGGCAGCAUAAUAGAUGUGCUCAAUAACAGGAUUGCUGUUUUCAAUCAAGGAUUAAGACACAAUUGAGACAAUUUAAAACUGAUUUUUUUUACAUUAUUUUGAAGAUCAUGAUACGUAGUGUAUCUGCAUAAGAUAAAAUCAAAGGACAAAGGUAGCAACCAAGACCUGGUAGUUAAGGGAGAGCCGCCCUCUAUGUGUGUGCAUUUUUUCUUAAUAAAUAACAAACAACAAAGUGAUAUUUAUUGUAAACUUCAAAAUAGAUCCAAAGAAAAGCUUGUCAAUGUUCUUGGAUAGAAAGUAAACAUCAUAAUGUAAUUACACAACUAUUAAAAUUAAGUGUCAUUAUUGUCACCUUAACAAAGUUGGGCAGAUUAUCUUUAAGAGUGAGGAACGUAUAGGACAGACAGAGUAGUAUUUGUAGUAAUAUAAAAGUGAUAUUUAAUGUUAUAAACAAGGAAGUAUUUAAAGGUCACAGCACUUGAUAUAAACCAAUGUGGACAAAACUACAUCAUUUGUUUGUAGGGUAAAGGUAAAGAAUCCGAUCCUACCGAUGCGUCGGUCAACCGUCAACUGUAGUUCUGUUGGUAGGAUCAGAUUCUUUACCUUUAUCGUUUGCAGAAAACCAGAUUACUAAAAGUGGUGUUCCCAGAAGUGGUGUUCCCAGAAGUGGUGUUCCCGGAAGUGGUGUUCCAAAGAAAGAGUCUUACAGACUAGAGUUGGAAGUAUUUUGGUGUGACAGAGAAAAUACCUCUGUGUAGAGUUACCAUUCUCUUCAUACAGGUUAUUAGGUUCAUUUGUCUUCAGCUAUUAACACAAUGAAGAUCUGGUAAUGGUGGCUUGAAAUUAUAAAAUGUGUGUAAAGAACAGACUGUUGUAUUCAGAGCUGUGUUUGUUUUUGGGGAUAAAUUACUUUUGACCAUGCUUUAGAGACAUUUGCAGCACUGCAAUGACUGUCAUAAUUUCUCUUGAAGAAGUGCUUUUUGAAAGCUUUCAUAUUUAAGAAGUUUCCACAGACUAUAACUAAUGUGUGUAAAUGUCAAGAUCCUAAGGUUGCGCCUUACUCAGAAACUUAACAAUUACAGGGGUAGCAAUGUGUGAGUUGAUAGACAAUUCGAACUCAGCUUGCAGAAUGAUUAACACACAUUUAACCACAGUUCAAGGUUCGCGAGUUACACUGUCUGAUAACAACGGUGAUGACAGAAGGUAAAAAAUUAUGGUAGCAAAGUUCGUAGUCGCGACAGAGAGUAGAACGAAGUAGUGCAGUGUAAUGUAGUGCUGUCUAACGUAGUGCAGAUUCGAAUUUGGUGACGACUCUCACAGACGAUAGCAGAAAGUAUCGCUAAUAAUAGUCAAUUGUUAGCCUGUAGCUGAUUGAUCCUCCAAUUGUAGUGGUUGCGGAAUAACUAACUAGUACGGUUAUUAUGAGUUGCCUUUUAAAACACGCGCAUAUGUGAUUGUAUCUGGGGCGUUACUUCAAAGGCGUAACCCUAGAUUUUUGAAGUGUUAUUUCAUUUCCUAAAACACAAAUAUAACUUUGAGAGAACAUGAAUCUACUAAUUCCUAAUUAAUGCAUAAUACAUUUGAGCACGGUUAAUUGAAACUAGAGCUAUCGAUUGUUACUGGAAAAUGAUGUAAAAGCAGGGGGCACUUUAAAACUAACAAUGUGUAGACUGUGUAUACAUUAAUCAUUUAUAGGGAAUAAAAGUUUGUUUACUUAGAAAUUCUACUUUCAACAUUUCUCUAUAUUUAGUCAGCUUUUAAUGUUAGGAAUAGCUCAUAAUUUUUGUUUUCACCAACACACUUCAUGUACAUAAAUAAUUGUUUUUUUGUUUUAUCAAUGCUAAGUUAACAGUACCAAAAAUUUAGGCUCCUAGAGUAAAUAUGAAAUGUAGUAACUACUUACUAGAGAUGAAGUUAGGGAAAUGAAACACAAUUUAUGAACUUCUGGUUGACUGAUAGGAGAAAAUUUUGUUUCAACAGAAAUGUAGUAUCUUUUUCUGGAGUUAUUAGGUUUGUGUUGCAUUGUACCUACCUGUUGUUUUGUUUUCAAGAAUACAGAAACAGGCUUUUCUGA